AUGGCCACCCUACUGGUUCUCCUCGCUCUGGUCGUCCUCCUGACCGUCCCCUUCUAUAUCAUCUACAAACCCCCAGCGUGCCUCAUCAACUACUUCGCUCGUCGAUGGCCCGAUGUUCUCUGGCAGGUCCCGACGGAUAAGAAGAUUAUAGGCCUGACGAUCGAUGAUGCACCGUCCCAGCACACCUCCGAGAUCCUGAAAGUACUCAACGAGAAUGAUGCCCACGCCACAUUCUUCCUUAUCGGCUCGCAGAUGAAUGGCCGCGAAGGAGACAUGGAUGCAAUUAUCGAGUCCGGGAGCGAGCUGGGCAACCAUGCAAUGCACGACGAAGCUUCGCGAUCCCUGCCCGAAGGGCAAUUGGAGUCAGAGAUAUUCGAGGUCUAUCGCAAGAUCAAGGUUGCCUACGAGUACCAGGACAAACCCAUGGUGGCCAACUACUUCCGCCCGGGCUCGGGCUUCUUUAACGACAAGAUGCGGCGGCUGGUCGACAAGAUGGGAUACAGGAUGGUUUUGGGCAGCGUGUAUCCUCACGACGCCCAGAUCAGCUCUUGGCGGAUGAACGCCAAUCACAUACUGAGCAUGGUCCGACCAGGUGCAAUAAUCAUCUGCCACGAUAGGAGGAGCUGGACCGUCCCCAUGCUGCGGAAGGUGAUCCCAGAACUCAGACGGCGCGGCUACAGGAUCAUGAACUUGACGGAGCUGCUGAAGGAAGUCGACACAGACAGAUGA